GCCCCGCGCGGGCCGCCUGCCCUCGGAGCCUUCUUCCGUCCUCCUCCUCCUCCUCCUCCUCCUCCUCCUCCUCCUCCUCCGCGGCGCCAUGGCAGGGCACGGCGCCAGCCUGCUCCUGCUGCUCGGGAUGCUGCCAGCUCUCCUGGUGGCCGUCAGGAUCAAUGGCAAUGGCCGCGAGGUUCUGUACCUGGCCAAGGGUGACUCGGUCAAGCUGGGCUGUCCCUAUGUCCUGGAGCCCGAGGACAACGGACCGCAGGGCGUGGGCAUCGAGUGGAUCCAGAUCAGCCCCGAGAGACCCAGCCCCGAGAACGUGGUGAGGGACACGGGGGCUCGGGGGGCUCGGGGGGCUCGGGGGGCUCGGGGGGCUCGAGGG